CACGGUGGGAUGGACAUUAGAGCGACCUACGUAAUUUGUAUACCUUAACCUUAAGGUAGACAGGUAAGGUAAGGCAGGCUCGACUUCCUGUAUACUUAAGGAAGGGCCAAUAUCACGAGCCCAUUGCUGCGGAGGCCUUUGCCUUGCCUUCCCGUUUUACGGGUUACCCCCCGCCUCUACAAAACCCGGCAACUCCUCCCUCCAAAAUUUCCCUUUCGACAUCACCAUAGAACAACCUGAAAAACUUGAGGCUUUUGAAACCUUUUCAUCACUUUCCUUCUUACAACCAGUCUACCUAGGUAGUGUUGACUCAAACCGAACCCCCCAACCACUUCUCUGACGACCUUCUUCAACGACACUCAACAUGCCCUUCCACGAGAGCGCUGAGGAUAUUCGCGUCGAGGAUGGCCAUAUGCUCCACGCCCUUCUCACCAACGUUGACGGGGAGCAAGUCGAGGCCGAGUUGGACCUGAACGACAUCAUCGGUAAUAACAACGGUUCCUUCGAGUGGGGUGGCAGCGGCUUCGCCGACUCGGCCGAGGACAUCUCUUUCGAGAUUGAAGGCGAUGCUUCAGUUCCCGUUCUCCGCGCCUCCCUGUUCAACGUGGAUGGCGAACCCAUUCCCGCUGAUAUCAACCUUGCCGAGCGAAUUCACAACAAUGACGGCUCUUUCUCUUUUGACUCUCACGAUGCCGAGGAGGAACAGGAGGAGGAACAGGAGGAGGAACAGGAGAAGGAACAGGAUGAGGAAGAAGAGUAAGGGGCCAUCGAAUGACGGAGACCCUCGAGUCCUGGCAUGAAUGGCUCGACUCAUGGGUGAUGCGGCGACGCGGAAUAUUAUCCAUUGUUUCUGUGGACGCACAGGAACGCCAUACCGUAUGGCUCAACGAUAGGUGAGGGGAGGAGGGCAAUCACGGAGCGGCAUAUCAUCGAGAAUCCAGGCAAUACACAUAAACUUUCCCACACACCGCGUCCUUUUGCACAGAUGUGACGGAAAACGAUGAAAUUGCAGUAUAAUACAAAGUGUACACGGACGUAUGCCUACACGAGCCAAUCGACUCUAAUCGACCUCUUCACCCCCCCGAUUUCUGUAAGCGGGGCGCACCCUCCAAAGC